GUGUGGUCACACUGAUAUAAUGGUGAUCUAUACAAUUACUCGAUGAUGACUCAUUUAAUAGGUUUUCGUAUUAAACGCCGACCAAAACAAGACUCAUCAACUCAUCACAAUUAAAAUACCUUAAAAUUUUAAAAAACAAAGUAACCUUUUCAUAAUACCCUAGCUAAUGCCCAAGAGAAAAGCACAGGACACUCCUGGAGAAACUAUGGCCGCUUCAGCAGAGGAUGCACAGAAUGACUUCACCAUCGGCCUAGCUGAUCCAGUUAAAGAUUAUCAGAAGUUGAUCGAGACGCGAGUUCAGGUCGACGAAAUAGUCGAUGAUGAUGUCACCAAAGGGAAUUUCCAACGCACCGCUGCAGCUGCUCGGGAAGCCGUUUGGCAGCUGCUCUUCGACGAUGCAACGGCUGCGGAUGAGUCACGGCAGAAGAAGGCGGCAGAUCUAUUGGAACAGUACCGCAGUGAUGCCUGCUUCUACGAGCCCUGGCCCUACAACGAGUGGAUUGUGAAGCUGCGGGAUGAGAUUCUCAAGAGGGAGCUCCUCGGUUUCUGGCGUGAAUCCAUUGUCAAGAACCAGCUGGGACCAUGUUGGUCUCGGGACUGUGAUCUAUUUGACGGCGAUGAUGAGCCACCGCUAGAGUUCUACGCUCACGCCGGGUGCUCUGCCCCGUUCGCGGCUAGCCUUAAGGUGCGUGCGGCCCUGCAACAUCAAGCUUCACUGGAGCCCGCGUCUCAGGAGCCCACCACACCCGGAGAGCGUACUCCGGACGAAACGGCAGCUCUAACCGGACAGUUUGAAGCCGUGCUGACCAAGGAAAAUCCUCUCGAGGAAUACCGCACCUUAAUGAAACGAUUUGUGCUGGUCAACAUCAUCGUGCCGGACGAGGUGCACAAAGCCAGUGUAGAUAAGGUGGCUACGGCCGCCAGGGACAUCAUCUGGAAGCUACUGUUCGACGGCACACCCUCGAAGGAGGAUCAGGACAAGGCGGCGGAGCUCCUGCAAGAGUACAAGGGCGAUGCGGGAUUCUACAGCCCGUGGGGCUUUAAUGAAUGGAUUGUGACGCUUCGGGAUGAAGUUCUCAAGCGGGAGCUGUUGGAUUUCUGGCGGGAGAAGAUGGUCAAGCUAGAGCUGGGACCGUGUUGUUCCCGCGAUUCGGAUUACUUUGACCAUGAGGAUCCCCUGCCACUGGACUUUUAUGAAAAGGCUGGCUGCAAGGCGCCCUUCGAAGCAGCUUCCGAGGAUUAAGAUUUGAUUUCUUGUUUUUGGUUUUCUAAAAAUGUUCAUUAAUUUUUUUGUUAUUCAGUAUUAUUUUAAGGCUUUUUGAAUUUAACCUUUUUGUAUCUCGAAUUAUAGACUUAUAGAAACUUUUGAGAAUAAAAUGUUUUAAGAGUGGAUUCUCUAAA